AUGGGACGAACAAAGGACAAGAAAGAAACCUUAAAAUUGGUGAAAGACAAUGGGGAGUCCUCAAACACGCUAAGGAAUUACACAGGAGUGGGAACUGUGACAUUUUAUCUUAACAAAAAAUGGAAAACCACGGAGAAGUAUUACGGAAAUAUCUUCCAAGGGAAAAAACACGGAUAUGGUGAGUAUAACUACCAGAAUGGCGAUUUUUACCAAGGGCUCUAUGAGCAUGGCAAGAAGAACGGGAUCGGCACUUAUUUUUACAACAUGAACGGGAGGCAGGAGAGAGACAAAGGGGGAGGGGCGAGGGGGAGAGACGAUGAGAGUAGUGAGGAGGAGGAAAGCAGCGACGAUGAUAAGAGGGCCGACGAGAACAUCGAUGAUGAAAAGGGCAACGACGAAAUGGGCAGCAACCAACAGGAGGAUGAGCAAAAUGAGGAGAGUGACAAAGACGCGGAUAGCGAAAAGGGCACGACCCAGGAGAAAGGUGAAAAUGACCAAAGUGGAAGCGAUCAAAGUGGAGACGGCGCAAGCGGAGAAGAUCAAAGCGAAGGCGACACUGAACAGAGCGAUCCGAAUGCUCAAGACAAGCAGAAGACUACAAAUAAGGAUGGUUAUCAAAAUAGCAAGAAGGGGAAGAAAGCAGCUGUUAAUAAAGAAAAUGCCUCCAAAAAGUUGCUACACCUUAUGCAAAAAUGGAAUAACACAAAAAUGAAGAAAGAAACGAUUAUCCCCGCGAAAGAGACCGGGAGCUUCUACUAUGGGAACUACGCCAACGGCCUCAAGCACAACGAGGGAAUGAUGCUGUACAGAAACGGGGACGUGUACAUAGGUGGCUGGAAGUUUGGAAAGAAGAGCGGAUGGGGAAGAUACACAUACAAAAAGUGUAAGAGCGUUCUGGAAGGACAUUGGGAAGACGGAUAUUUAACGAAAGGGAAAUGGAUCCUACCAAAUGGAACGUACUUCGUGGGGAACUUUAAAAAUAAUAAGCCGUCCGGAGAUGGCGUCUGGGCAUUUGAGGACAGAACACAAUUAAAUGUUUUUUAUCAUGAAGUUAAACAAGUAGGAUGA